CGCUCAGCUCAGCUCAGCUCAGCUCCAUCUCCGGAAAUUUCCCUCCUCCUCAGUUUGGGAAGCGUCUGCAUUAUCCCUUCCCUUCGAUGAACCUGGCAUGGAACAGAGACUGCUGCUUCAGCCCUCAACUCCUCUUCCCUUCUCUCUUCUCGAAAAACCCAGAUUGCCCUUGAAACCGCGCGCCUCAUGCUCCCCGUAUCAUCCGGAAAAGACUCCAUUUUUGGGCAAAGCUUUGAUUUUGCGAGAGAACAGCGCGAAUCCGGGACACCCAGUAAGAACUUCUUGUCCAGUGAGGGCUGGGGUGAAAAGAAGGAAGGAGCUCUCCUUUGAUAAUGUGAUACAAAGAGACAAGAAGUUGAAACUGGUCCUCAAGAUUAGGAAGAUUCUUGUGAGCCAACCCGACUGGACAAUGUCGCUGAAGGAACUAGGUAGGCACAAGAGGGCUCUUGGGUUGGAUAAGAAACGGCGAUUGAUCGCUUUGUUGAGGAAGUUUCCUGGUGUGUUUGAAAUUUUGGAAGAAGGGGUUUAUUCUUUGAAGUUCAAGUUGACCCCUGAAGCAGAAAGGCUUUAUCUCGAGGAGUUGAAGGUGAGGGGUGAGAUGGAGGAUCUGUUGGUAGUCAAGUUGAGAAAAUUGCUCAUGAUGUCUCUGGAGAAGCGCAUUUUACUCGAGAAGAUUGCGCAUUUGAGGACUGAUCUGGGGCUUCCAUUAGAAUUCCGCGAUACGAUCUGCCACCGGUAUCCACAGUACUUCAAAGUCGUAGCGACCUCGCGAGGCCCAGCUUUGGAGCUAACCCAUUGGGAUCCCGAGCUCGCAGUAUCUGCUGUGCAGCUUGCUGAAGAGGAUAACCGAGCGAGAGAGAUUGAAGAGAAGAAUUUGAUCAUUGAUAGGCCGCCGAAGUUCAAUAGAGUGAUGUUGCCCAAGGGUCUGGUCUUGUCUAGGGGUGAGAUGAAGAGGAUUCAUAAAUUUAGAUAUAUGCCGUAUAUAUCCCCUUACUCUGAUUUCUCGGCAUUGCAGUCAGGUAUGCCAGAGAAAGAGAAGCACGCCUGUGGGGUUGUCCAUGAGAUUUUGAGCCUCACUGUUGAGAAGAGAACUCUUGUAGAUCACCUCACUCAUUUUAGGGAGGAAUUUAGAUUCUCGCAGCAGCUGAGGGGUAUGCUGAUAAGGCAUCCGGACAUGUUUUAUGUAUCUCUAAAAGGGGACAGGGACUCGGUAUUCCUGAGGGAAGCAUACCAUGGAUCCCAUUUAGUAGAGAAGGAUCGCCUGUUGCUUAUCAAGGAGAAGUUUCGGUCUCUUGUUGCUGUCCCUCGAUAUCCAAGGAAGGUUGUUUCCAAGAAGGAUGACGAUAGAGCAGACCUAAUGCCAGAGCGAAAAGAUGCAAGUGAUGAGGAGGGUGGUGAAGACUGGUCGGAUGUUGGUGACUUGAUGAUUGAAGGUGAAGAUGGUGAUGACAGCGAGGAUGACGACUUUGAUGGCAAUUAUGAGGAUGAUUGGACUGAGGAAGAUGAAGAUACACCACCAGAUUUUGAUGAAGAUGGCAGUGUCGUGAAGGUUGGUAUCGCCAAGUCAAUUCAGCAGACUGGUAACUCCACAAAGAAUGAAGAAAAGCUUUAUGUUCCCACAUUUCCUGAUGGUCGUCCUAGAGAACGCUGGUAGAAUUUCUAUGAUAAUAUAUGAUUGAAGAGUCUAUUUACAGAAGGUGUGUCCUGGAGUCCUUUGAAGCAGGAUGCAGUCCACAGUGUCCUCCCACCUAUAGUCUCUCUGGGAAGAGGAAGGGCUUUAAGACGCCGCAGAUCAUUUCCCACGACAAUUUAGUAUUGCUGGGGGAAAAGCCUACACAUCAACAUAGAUACUUGGCGCUACCGAAGUUCAGUGUUCUGGUGGAAUAACAGAAAAGACAACUGUUGUGAAGUAAGAAAGGGUUAGGUAGGAAGAGUAUAACAGCAAUUAAAAUCAGAUUAGCUUUAUCGUAAAUUUUUUGGAAUUAAUUGAGCAGACAAUCUUUGUUCUUUUUGUCAAUUUAAGUCGCAUACUAAUGUUUCUUUUAAGCUUGUACAUCUUGGAUUGGAUGCAGUUGAGGCAAGCUGGAUAACAUGACAAUGGCUAUGGGGCGAAUCUAAGAAUAUGGGCAGAUGAUGGAUGAAACACAUGAUCAAAUAUAAUCCCAACUUGCGAUUUGUUCUUGCUGAAUAUGGAGAAUAUCUUUAUCAAUGGAGUUGAAAGAGGUAAUGGAUGCGGUUGAGAUGCUUACACUGCUUUAUUCUUUCUUCAGUUGGAUUGACUAUGCUAUGGCAAUUUGGAAACUGUGCUUGGUCCAUGUGGAAUGGGACUGACCCACCAGUUUGCAGGAAGGAUUUGAUUAUGCCACCUGCAUGAAUUGCCCCAGAUUUGUAGGCCCUAGCCCGCCUCUCUCUCUCUCUCUCUCUGUUGUCCACGUCCAUACACGGACAUAUGCAUGCACAUGCUUAUUGAUGGCCCAUAAAGAGGACCAGCCCUCCUCCGAGUCAGUAUGGCCAAGAGAACUUCCCACAGGUACUAGAGUUUGUAGCUCUUAUCAAGUUGCGUGAGAUGAGUCUGUUCACGGAUGAAGGCACAAUUCUGCCUCAAUGUAUGGUCUGCGAGGCAGUGGUCGUUCACUCCCCCUCAAGGGCUUCCAACUUGACCUCCCUUUUAUGGGCUCAACUAACUUAGCAGGCUGGUGGCUCUUGAAGGGGUGUGAUCAACCGAUUUGCCUCCCUCCCUCUCCCUCCCUCCCUCUCUGUAUCUAUCUGUGCAUCAGUUGACAUUUUGCUGCCAAUGAUUCAAACUAGAGCUCUGAAGCUCUUAUAAGAGCACACUGGAAAUCUCUUAUGGAAGACCAGGCGCAGCCGGUAAGAACUAGUCUAAAGUUCCUUCUAUUAAGUACUGUUGUGCUCCCAAUUUUUCAGCUUCACGCCAGCAGUUCCCCCUGUUCCUGAAAGUGGUCUUGUUGAUAUAUUCUUCGAUUUAUUAUAGGUGGUAAUCUAUGAUUAUGGUCUAGACGAAAAAGUUACACGUUCUAAAUGGCUGAGCCAGCUGUCAAGAUGUGCCAAUUAUAGUAUGUUCUUGUUAAUAAAUAAUAACAGUCAAUGCCAAGGAUGAAAACAGAAAAUCUUCCACCAAUAAAUUUAGUCCAGCAAGAUCAACAUGCUGGACAGCUAAUAAGUGGGUUUCUCUAUCGAUGGAUCUUCGUACAUGUUUCCCUAUGGAACUAUGCAUAACCUCUGUACAUGUGAAGGUGACUAGGUUCAUAAAUUAUACCGACAGACAACGCCCGAAAUCAUGAGCUUGGUUCUUGAGAUGUCGAUGCCAAAUCGAGUGCUGCACGAUAAUACUUAUCAUCAAUUCAUCUCUUCUUACGGCAAUCAUGGAGAGUUUGGAUCGAGGAACGUCUACAAAACUCUGAUAUGCGUACUUCACUUCAGAAGCUUUUCAAUUCCCACAGUAUGUACGGCAAUCUUCUAUUGAAUUUGUCAAUUCAUCUCUGGAUUCUUCCGGCA